CUUAGGCAGUUUUAUUAGUUUUGGUACUUCCCUAUUAUAAGUUUAAAAGCUAUCAAACGUUUUCUAUUGUUUUCUUUCAAAACUUUUGGUCCAAUGCGAAAUUGACGAUACUUAUUCCAGAAACACUUAUAUAUCAAAAGUUUUUAUAUAGCAUAAUGAAUUUCCUUGAUUUCAACUGUCACACGGUAUAUGGACCUAUAAUAAUAAGUUUAAUUUGUUGACAUUAUUGUACGUUAUUUUAAUAUUCCUGUAUACCUAUAUAUGUCUAUACAAUGUAUAAUUUUUAUUUUAGUUAAAUGUAAACUCUCACAUGACUUCCUGGUUCCAAAUCCAUUCAAAAUUACUCAAGUGAAAUAUUGAUGUUUACUUUGUAUAGAUAUAUACACUCAGUCAAAUUUGUAUAUUUUAGAUUUAGAUAUUUAUAGUAAUAACCACAUGUGUUCACAAAUCUGUGUGGGUAUAAUAUUGUUCUUGUUUUGUUUACUUAAAUUUUAAAUUUCGAAUUUUAGUUCGUAAAACAGUUAUCCAUUGAACAUUAUAAUUCAAAUAAAAUAAAAAUGAGAUACUUAAGGUUUUUCUUUAAUUGUUAGUUAUUACACUUGACGGGUUGUAUUUAACUUGAUGGAUCGCUUUAACAUAUUCCUCUUGCGGAACUAAAUUCAUUGUGAACUCUGAUUGUCAUCCCGAUUCUGUGUGUUUUCAGCCUCUAAUUAUGGAGAACAAUGCCACAUAUUAUAACGCAAUUUCGGUGUGGAACUCGAAGUUAUCAAAAAUCUUGAUUCCAAACAACAUCAUAUUAUCACUAUACAUAUGUUUUGGAAUCAUUGGGAAUACCACUGUUAUAAUAGUUUACAGAUUUCGAAUGAAGAAAAAGUCCGAGGACAGAUAUUUUAUUCCAAUAUUGGCUGUUUCGGAUUUAGCGGGAGCUACGGUUUGUGGUUCGUUCGGAAUUGCACUGAAUAUGAUGCAGACAGAAUUUUACAACAAACAUUUAUGCAAGGCAUGGUGGUUUUUUGCAGCUUUUACGACAUAUAUGUCUAUUCUAUUGUUACUGAUUAUCGCAACACAAAGGUAUCUUAAAGUAUGUAGACCUAAAGGACACCAAAUGAAACAAUUCCAUAAACGUUUGGCGGUAGGGUUGUCUUUAUGUCUCGCCUGUGUAUUAGCCGCACCGACAACCGCUUUGUAUGGAUCAGUUGAUUUUCCGAAUGCGGACGGGAGUGUAGUAGGUGUGCGCUGUAGCAAGUUGAAGGAAGUUAACAAAACGUUGACGCUACUGUAUGGCGUAAUUAUUAUUGUUAUUCUCUUGACUUCAAUGACCGUCAUGAUUUUUUUCUACAGUAGAAUUGGGCAUAAGGUAUACGUUCAUUUCAAAUACAAAAAAAGUUCACAUUCAUCUGAUAAAGAACAAACAAGUUCAAAUAUUGACACAGAAAUGAACACUGUCUCGUCUGUCAUUGUCAGUGACGAACACAACACAGAACACAAGGAAUCAGAAAGAGAAAAACAUGAACCGGAAGAAAUAACAACUAAACCUAAGUCAAAGGUCAAACAUUCAACAGGAAGUUCUGAUAUAAAUAAGAGGCUUGUACAUAAAUUUACAAUAAUGUUUAUGAUGAUUACGAUAGUAUUUCUAAUUUGCUAUAUUCCUAAGGUAAUCCUGAUAGUGAUUGAAGGUCUUAAUCCAUAUUUCUGGCAGAACUUCUCCGACAAUGAACUACCCGGAAUUCUAUUUAUAUAUAGAAUGUAUAUUGUAAACAACGUCAUCAAUCCGUUUAUUUAUGCUUUUAUGGAUAUCGAUUUCCGAAAAGAGACCAAAACAUUGUUCAGCUUCACAACUUUAACCUCGUGUCUAAAAUAAACAAAAACGUUGUUCACAUGUCAUGUCUCUGAAGAAGACAAAUCGUUGUUUACACGUCAUGUCUGAAGUAGACAAAACGUUGUUCACAUGUCAUGUCUCUGAAGAAGACAAAUCAUUGUUCACACGUCAUGUCUGAAGUAGACAAAACGUUGUUCACAUGUCAUGUCUGAAGUAGACAAAACGUUGUUCACAUGUCAUGUCUGAAGUAGACAAAACAUUGUUCACGUCAUGUCUAGUUAAAAAUGUCUGGGUUUUUUUUCAUGUCAUGCUUUAAGUGAAACCAUGCUAUGCACAUACGUCCAAAGUAGAUAAACCAUUGUCUUCAUGUUGUGACACACAAGUUGUCUUACAUGUCAUACGUUGUAAAGACAAAACUUGUUUAUUCCACGGUGUGUCUAUACUAGACAAACACUUUGUUUACACGCUAUGCCUAUGAUGACAAAUAUUUUUUUUAUAUGAUAUGCCUGAAAUAAACAUACACUUUGUUUAAAUGCUACUGGUAUGCGCCUUUUAGACAAAAAUGUUUCGGUAAAUGUUAUGCCUAUAAAAGACAAAAAUUUAUUUACACGUUAUGCCUGAAGUAAACAAAAACUUUGUGCAUACAUGUUAUGCCUAUAAAAGACGAGCACGUUUACUUUCUAUGUCUGAAGUAAACAUAAAUGUUUUGUACAUGUUAUGCCUAAAAUAGACAAACACUUUGUUUACAUGCUAUCUUGCCUGAAGUAAUAAACACUUUGUUUACAUGCUAUCUUGCCUGAAGUAAAUAAACACUUUGUUUACAUGCUAUCUUGCCUGAAGUAAAUAAACACUUUGUUUACAUGCUAUCUUGCCUGAAGUAAACAAACACUUUGUUUACAUGCU